AUGGUUGUUGGGGCGAUUCGGCUGAUACAAGCAUGCGUGGACGUGCUGAGUUCAAACGGUUGGCUGUCGCCAGCUGUGGCCGCCAUGGAGCUGGCACGAAUGGUCACCCAGGCCAUGUGGAGCAAGGAGCUCUACCUCAAGCAACUGCCGCACUUCACCAGUGACAUUAUCAAGCGAUGCCAGGACAAGAAAGUGGACACAGUGUUUGACAUGAUGGAACUGGAGGACGAUGAUCGCAGCAAGUUGCUGCAACUGUCCGACGCGCAGAUGGCGGACGUUGCACGCUUCUGCAACCGCUACCCGAACAUCGAGUUGAGCUACGAGGUGCAGGACAAAGAUCGCAUCAGCUCGGGUGCCUCGGUCAACGUGCUAGCCUCACUUGAGCGCGAGGAUGACGUCACCGGCCCUGUUAUUGCGCCCUUCUUCCCACAGAAACGCGAGGAAGGCUGGUGGGUUGUGAUUGGUGAUCCGAAGGCCAACACUCUGCUCUCAAUCAAGAGGUUGACACUCCAGCAGAAGGCCAAAGUCAAGUUGGACUUUGUUGCUCCAAGUCCAGGUCAACAUUUCUAUGCGCUUUAUUUCAUGAGUGACGCGUACCCAGGUUGUGACCAGGAGUAUGAGUUGAAAAUCGAUGUUGGAUAAUAUGAAUCAGCCGAGAGUGAAAGUGAUUAGAUGAAAUAAUAAUAGUUUAGAAGAUUGUAUAUAAUUUCAUGGGUGAAAACACAUUUUACUCAUUCCCCAACAAUAUAAUGUCUAGUUUAAGUUGUUUUAUAUCUGUAUUGAGUGUUCUUCUUGAUAGAAUAUAAUUAUUAUUUUAUUCCUCG